CCCUUCAAUCAGCAGCAGCUGUUCCCAUUCACCGAUCAGCUCUGAAGAUCAGAUAAAAAGCAGACGCUGCAGUUAGAGGUCACUGUCACAGGUCUCUGAGGUUUGUCUUGUCUGGUGUGGAGCAGCAACUGAAGCAGAAUGAGGUUUCUGUGGAUUUCUUGUCUGCUCAUUGGAAGUAUCUCCUGUCUCCCUCAAGGAGGAUAUACUCCAAUGUUCCAAUACCCUGGACAAGCUCCAUCCUAUGAGAAACCUUCUGCACAGUCCAGUGGCUACAGCAGUCCUCAAGGAUACUACAGUGCUGGCACCAACACUGCUGGAGGCUCUUCAGACAUUACUCCUCCCAUGUGGUACACUGCUUCAUAUCCUGAGCAAGAACCAGCCAAGCCAACUUACCAGAGACCUGCACAGACCAGUGGUCAAGGCAGCUACAGCGGUGGUGACAGCAGCUACUCUGGUUCUGGAUCUCAACAGUCUGGUUCCCAGGGUGCUCAGUCUGGAGCUCCAGGUGGCCAGUACCAGGUUGAACAGGAGAGCUGGAGCUCAUCUGAUGAGGAGCCAGAGUUCACUCCAGUGAGCGACGAGGAUCAAGUGUACGCUUUCAAGUCUCGUUCUCGCUACAACCAGAAACGGCUGCUGUUCAGCCAGUUCCGCUACACUCCAACAGAACCCCGUGCUCCUCAAGAACCAGUGUUCCCCUAUCCCAGCAAAUCAUCUCAUCAGGGCAAAGGUUCAAUGAAAGGAGGCCGUUGAGGAUCUCUGUGGUUUUCCCCUGAAAAGGCAAAUGCUGUUGUAGAGUUCCGAAAUAAAACAUUUUACAAACUGAAA